GAUUGGUUGCGCCAUUAGCCUGAUUUCUUGGGAUACAGUGUGCCAAGGCAAACAAGUUAUUGUGUGUGAUCAGUAGUCGCCGCUGUGAUAUUGAUAGGUGUUCGGUUGCUGACUACCCGGAUUAAACAGACUUGAGCAUAAGAAAAUGUCAGACAGUCUGUUUAUUAAUAGCAAUGGCAGCUCUGAUCUCUGGACAUCUCACAACAAGAUGGUGCUGGAACCUCUUGAGACUAAUGAUCAUGAGGUGUAUGAGAUUAUACGAAAGGAGAAGCACAGACAGCGGUAUGGCCUAGAGCUGAUUGCGUCAGAGAACUUUGCAAGCUGUGCGGUUUUACAGGCUCUGGGGUCAUGCUUGAAUAACAAGUACUCAGAAGGCUACCCAGGUCAAAGGUACUAUGGCGGCACAGAGUUUGUGGAUGAGUUGGAAAGGCUUUGCCAAAAGAGAGCUCUGGAGGUGUAUGGGUUGGACCCACAGAAAUGGGGCGUUAAUGUACAGCCAUACUCGGGUUCCCCUGCUAACUUUGCUGUAUACACGGCCCUUGUUGAGCCACAUGGAAGAAUUAUGGGACUGGACCUGCCAGAUGGUGGUCACCUGACCCAUGGGUUUAUGACUGACAAGAAGAAAAUAUCUGCCACAUCUAUCUUUUUUGAGUCCAUGCCAUACAAGGUGAACCCUGAUACCGGUUACAUUGAUUAUGACAGACUAGAGGAAAAUGCUCGCUUAUUUCACCCAAAGUUGAUAAUUGCUGGUGUAAGCUGCUAUUCCCGUAAUUUGGACUAUGCACGGAUGCGCCGUAUUGCCGAUGAGAAUAACGCAAUCCUUAUGGCAGACAUGGCUCACAUCAGUGGACUAGUGGCAGCUGGUGUGGUUCCCUCUCCCUUUGAUCACUGCGAUGUUGUUUCUACCACAACACACAAAACACUUCGUGGCUGUCGAGCUGGAAUGAUCUUCUAUCGUAAAGGGGUCAGAAGUGUGGAUCCAAAGUCCGGGAAGGAAAUACUUUACAACCUGGAGAGCCUAAUUAACCAUGCUGUGUUUCCUGGUCUGCAGGGUGGUCCGCAUAACCAUGCCAUUGCAGGUGUUGCUGUUGCACUGAAGCAGGCCCUGAGUCCAGAAUUUAAGAUCUACCAGAAACAGGUUCUUGCCAACUGCCAAGCAUUAUCUGCAGAACUAGAGGCACUUGGGUACCACGUUGUUACAGGAGGUUCAGACAAUCACCUGAUUCUUGUUGAUCUUCGGUCAAAGAGCACAGAUGGAGGCCGAGCUGAGAAGGUGCUUGAAGCUUGUUCUAUUGCUUGCAACAAGAACACCUGUCCAGGGGACAAGAGUGCCUUGCGACCUAGUGGCCUCCGCUUUGGAACUCCAGCUCUUACUUCUCGAGGAUUCAUGGAAGACGACUUCAAGAAAGUAGCACAGUAUAUUCACAGGGGUAUUGAGCUUACUUUGGAGAUUCAGAAUGAUAUGAACCCAAAAGCCACACUGAAAGAAUUCAAGGACAAGCUGGCUUCUGAUGACAAACACCAAGAGAAGAUAAAAGCCUUGCGAGAAGAAGUUGAACAAUUUGCUGGCGCUUUCCCUAUACCAGGGCUGCCUGACCUGUAACUGUCAUUAGAUUAUCUGUUUGUUAGUACUGCUGUGUUCUUUUCAGUUCUCAAACUGUAACUCUAGUAACAAUGUUUAGCUUUAAAGGGAAUUUUAUAGUGUAAAAAUGAAAAUCCUCUAUUUCAUCAGAGCAUUUAAAAAAAAAUGUUUUUAGUUUACUAAGUGUUAAAAUGCUCCUUUUGCCUCUUCACAUAAUAUAGAUGGUCAGCAAAUAAGAAUCAAGCAGACAUUUGUACGUCCAAUCACUGGCUGUGUCCUGGAGUAGAAUUAGAAUUGUUACAAAUUUGAGUGUGGUUAACCUUUUUGAAGGAACAAAAAGAAAGGAACCUGUUUAAAAACAAAAUAGAGCAUUUUAUAUUUGUAUUUUUACAUUAGAAUACCCCUUUAAGUGUUUUUAAACCUGGCACUUUCAUCUGAUACUGACAUUUUGGCUAUUUUACAACGGUUAGGGCAUAGUCCCGUUUUUCUUUGCUUAAGCAUGAUCAACUUAUUUCUAUGUGCCUCAAAUUUUAAGCAAGCACUUAAUGAGACACUAAACUCAAAAUGUAAUCGCGGAUAAAAUGUUUAAGUAAAACAUCCUUGAAAUAUAAAUUUAUUUAUUGUCUGUUUUGCUGUGCAUAACCUCUGAUAAUUGUGCUUGUUCCACUUCUCCCAAAGAGAAACUUGACUUCCUCUAUUAAGCUUCGGUAUGCUAAAAUUUACCUGAACUUGCAACAUUCUACAUAGUGAUUGCUUAGAUCAGAGCACAAGUUGUUUUACACCUGUGCCUAAAUGUCCAUAGCAAUAGAGUCCAGGAAUAUGGAAUCCACCAGGAUUUCCAAGGGCAUGUUUGCUGGAAAUUUACCAGAUUUUGUUAAUUGUGGUAACACAAUUGUUUUAAAUGCUUUAUAAUGUAUAUUUUGUGUUCAGAUUUUUGCAAUUCUGUUCUUAAUUGCUGAUGUAUACUUUCGAUAUAUAAAAACUGUUGAUUUUAUGUCCCUUUUAACUGGUGUACAAUAACCGCUCAAAAAAAAAAAAAAGACUCUUUGUAAACUGCUUUGGAAA